ACAGGCGAUCCCGCGGCUGCAGGAUCUGUAAAAGCCUCCCUUUUCAUCUCAGCAAAGAGCGCAGGCUCCGCAUGGGGUGUGUUAAAUACCAAAACCCAAUCUCAGCGGUCCUACAAAGUUGAACAUAGUGCCUCACACUCCUGAUAGCCAGUGCUGCCAUGCUGCCGGCGAAGGUUUCUUCUUUUUUUGGCGUUUUGUUUUGUUUUUGAUGGCAGCUUGUCAGCUGCUGUCUGCAGAAGGGACGGGCUGGAAGGGGCUGGGCCCCCGCCCGCGCCCCCCGGCGCAGGUGCCUCCUCCCGCCUCGCCACGCAGUGCCGUGUCAGGAGGAUGAGGAGGGCGAUAACAGUGAUGAUGAGGAGCGGGAGGUGCUGUCGGAGGGGCAGCAGCCGCCUGUCCCCGUCGCCUCGCGCGGCUGCGAUGGCUGAGGCCGCCCCCUAUUGGGAGCGGAGCGGCACAACUCCCCGGGGGCCGCCGGGUCUCAGGGGCUCGGGGGCUUUGGGCCGAUGCAGCGCUGGCUGCGGCGCGGCGGCGGCCUGGCCUGGGGGGCACCCGAGCCCUCUGAACGGGGCAGAAGGACUUUGGCCCUGUCGUCCGGGUCUUGCAGCGGAGCCACCGUCCCCCUCCCCGCGGUGCCCCGGGCACCGGUUCCCUCUGCUCCCGGCGAGCCCCGGCCGCCCGCCCCACCGGGGCAGCUCGGUGUGCCUUGGCCUGGCUGGUGGUCCGGGUAGCUGCGCAUCUGUUGAGGUCCCUCUUGGGCAACGGAGUCUCCAGGCUACUCAGGGCUCGGGCAGUUCCAUGACACGUUGUUGUUGGUAUUAUUAUUGCUAUUAUUUAUUAUUAUUAUCAGAUGAAAGAAAAGAACCCCAACACAUUGGCUCUUGGGUGUCGCAGCGAGCUCCUCGCACCCCUUGCUUCGCCUCGCCCCUUGCUUAAUAUGCCCUCGGUUUUCCCAUCUUUCACGGGAUUGACCACAUGUAAACCGGACGGGCUCUUCCUGAUGCGGGAGACCGGCCCCCGUCCACUCACCCCCAGUAGUGAGGAACUAGGGACUCCCCCCGGGCAGGAGGUAUUUAACCCGCAGGAGGCGGCCAGGGACGAGAGGAGGCUUCGGUCCUGGCGCAGCAGCCCCUGCGCGGUGGCGGUGAGCGGCGCAGCGCUGCGCACGCUGCCUGCAGCCUCGCCCCGUGUGUGUCCGGGCGGGUUUCGUGUCAGACCGACUUCCCGCCGCGGCGGUGCGAUCGGUCCUCUCCUCCCGACCCUUCGCAAAUAGAAAUAAAUUAGAAUUAAGAGCACCUUCAAUUCAGCAUCAAGGGCUUUCUGAGAAUGAAUAGGGAGCCCCCAAGUGUCGAAAAUGUCUUUUUUUUUUUUUUUUCCUUCCGAAGGGAAGGGAAAAAAAAACCUGUGAAUGGCACUGGUUAGUGAGUUAGAGUCCCGUGUGAGGACGCAGACGGUGAUAGUGGGACCUGUCGGAGGAAGCGUUUGACUUCCAGGACAGCAGCCUGUUUGUUGCAGGGGCCGUGUCGGGACGCGGAGCUGCUCCUUGUCACUCCAGAUACCGCCCUGGGCCCGUACCGAGCCCGUCGGGGCCCGGGUGCUGUCGUCGGGGCUGUCAGCGCGGAUCUCGGGGCUGCCUCAGCGAUUGCGGAGAGUGGUCGGCGGUGAAGCACGGAGGCUGCAGCGAGAUGGUUUAGGGUGCAGCGGCGAGCGUCUUCCCGGGCCGGCGGAGAAGGGCGAGGACCGGCCACAUCGUCCUCGCGUGGGAGCCGUCCGGCCCCGUCGCGGCACCGACUCCCCCGUGGUACCGGCCUCCCCCUGCCGCCUUCCUGCUCGGGUCUUUUUGCAAAUCUGAAGCUUCCUUUAGCCAGCCGGGAACGUUUUGUGUCCCCGCUCCGGAGCGGGGAGCGAUGGGAAAUCCACUGCAGUAUUAAUCCAAGGAGGUGCUUUGGAGACAGUUGGCAGUACAAUGGCUUCUCAGUACCUCAUAGUGGCUCUGGCCAUUUUCUCCUCUUUUACCCAGGUUGUAAUUGAAGCCAGCUCGUGGUGGUCUUUAGGGAUGAACCCUAUGAACCCCAUGAACCCUGUUCAGAUGUCAGAGGUAUAUAUAAUAGGAGCCCAGCCACUAUGUAGCCAGCUAGCAGGGCUUUCCCAAGGACAGAAGAAACUCUGCCAGUUGUAUCAAGACCAUAUGCAGUUCAUUGGAGAGGGUGCAAAGACGGGCAUUAAGGAGUGCCAGUAUCAGUUCAGACAUAGAAGAUGGAAUUGCAGCACUGUGGACAACAACUCUGUUUUUGGAAGAGUCAUGCAGAUAGGCAGCCGGGAGACGGCGUUCACCUAUGCGGUGAGUGCGGCCGGGGUGGUCAACGCCAUGAGCCGAGCCUGCCGGGAGGGCGAGCUCUCCUCCUGUGGCUGCAGCCGGGCAGCACGGCCCAAGGACUUACCCCGGGACUGGCUUUGGGGUGGCUGCGGGGAUAACAUCGAAUACGGAUACCGCUUUGCCAAGGAGUUCGUUGAUGCCCGAGAGCGAGAGAGAGUUUACCAGAGAGGCUCCUAUGAGAGUGCCCGGAUCAUGAUGAACCUGCACAACAACGAGGCUGGGAGACGAACUGUGUAUAACCUGGCUGACGUGGCCUGUAAGUGUCAUGGUGUCUCUGGUUCCUGUAGCCUGAAGACCUGUUGGCUGCAACUUGCCGAUUUCCGCAAGGUAGGCGAUGCCCUGAAGGAGAAAUACGAUAGCGCAGCUGCCAUGAAACUCAACAGUCGGGGCAAGCUGGUGCAAGUGAACAGCCGCUUCAACGCACCCACCAUCCACGACCUGGUCUACAUCGAUCCCAGCCCUGACUACUGCGUGCGCAAUGAGAGCACUGGCUCCCUGGGCACCCAGGGCCGCCUUUGCAAUAAGACCUCGGAGGGCAUGGACGGCUGUGAACUCAUGUGCUGCGGCCGGGGGUACGACCAGUUCAAGACGGUGCAGCGAGAACGCUGCCACUGCAAGUUCCACUGGUGCUGCUACGUGAAAUGCAAGUUGUGCACAGAGAUCGUGGACCAAUUUGUGUGCAAAUAGGGGACGGAUAAGGUGGGAGGAACUGCAGCCACCUGCCAGCAAGGGGUGCAGGCCCCUCUUCCUUUCCACAGGACUAUCUCCACUUUAUUUAUAGAGUACAAUGAGUUGUCAUCUUUUUUUUUUUUCUAAAAAAAAAAGAAAAAAAAAAAAAAGAAAAGGGCAGGGGGGAGUAAAAAAAAAAAAAAACAAGAAAGAAAAAAGAAAAAUAUAAAAGUUGCAAAGCGAAGUGCCUGGAAACCCUCUCUGCGUCCAUCCCAGAACUGUGUGCGGCUUGUAUUUUUGGCAAUAAUGGGGAGAACCUGAGAAUAUUUAUUUUACGAAGUAAAAAAAAAAAUGACUUUUCUUAAAAGCAAUAGGGUAGUUCGAGGGCAAAAUCCAACAUAUCUUAAUUUAGUCCCAUGGGACGUAAUACAUGUGCAGUAAGUAGGCAGAGCAACCAUGUAAUGUGCUUUGGAUGUUUAGAACCAUCCUUAUGGAUGUGAGGAACACACAGACCUAUCCAUGACUUUUAGUUUCAGACACUAGAAGUUACCACAAUAGGGUAUAUAAAGCUGUUCAGUACAUUUAGGGCUCUGUAAAUAAGGGGUAUAUUCAUCACAAAGUGUGGUGUUUCUUACAUAGCUGAAUGUGCCCGCUUAAUGUCAUCGGAGGGUAAAGAGCAAAGGAUCAUAAAGGCUUCAACUGCGCUAUUCCGGAGUUGCCAUGUCUGGUUCCAGAACCUAACAAAACAAAACAAAACAAAAAAGAAAAAGAAAAAAUCUGCCUUGACAAAUAAUAAAGGUAAUAUUUAAGGCAGAAUUUGGCCUUAUUAGCUAAUUGUGACAUUGGAGUGGCUCAUCCUGUGGGGCGGUACUUCACUGCUGCCGAAUGUGGUGAGCGGCCAAGGUGCAGCCUUCGUCGGGUGCUGUAGCCGGGUGGAGGGAGCUGCAAUGCUUGCAAACAGCUUCGGUCUCCCAGCCUGGAAAGCCCAUAGAAACAGAAUACCCCAAAUUUGAAAAUGCCUUAAAAAUGGUGUAAUAGCUGGCUGUCUUUCAAAACACAGCUUGACAAAUAACUCCUCUAAUUUUAUGUGAGAAAAUAAAUCAUUAGAUAUCCACUCUUGGAACGAUUUGUUGGUUGGUUUUUGGUUUUUUUUUUUUUGGCUUUUUUUUUUUUUUUUCAGAUUUUGGGAAUGCUUUCACUCAAGGAGACAAUAGUUUCAUAUUUUAAUAACAUUAACUAUUAUAGUUCAAUGAAAUGUUGCAGCAAUACCAAAUUUAUCAUCCUAUGUCUAUAAUACACGUGCUUUAGAUAAUAUAUUGCAGAUAUACGCUACAACUGUUCAGACUAUACUUGAGCAGUUACAUAUAUAUGGGAGAACUGUGGUCUGUUGGUGUCUGAUAUUUCAAAGCUUUUUGUACAUAUAUAUUUUAAUGAUUUAAGAAAUAAUAAAACGUCUAAAUUACAGGGGCAGUUCACCCCCAUUUUCUUUUUCAGAUCUGUUCAGGUUUUUAGAUUGAUUCUAACCUUUUGGUGGUUUUUAUUUUUUUAAUUAUUUUUUAAAAGCUUUUAUCAUUCAAAAGUUUUAGGGAUUAUCACAAAGAAGUAAACCUCUCCCCAGCUUUAGGACUUUCUUGGGUGGUUGGUAGAGGUAGCACUGUGCACUUGAAUUGAUACAGGUUUGGAGAUCGUUUCUGUUCCACUCUCACAUUCAGGGCAUUAUUGAUUAUUGCUGAAAGGAGACACCUUGCAACUCUAAAAUUUGCUGCAUUUGGCCCUUGCUUUUAAUUUUUUUAAAAUGGAAAUUGUUAUUUGUUGAACAACAUGUGUUCCCCCCAAUGCUGUGUAGUUACACAGGAUUUCAUCACUGGUUCAGAUGCCUCUUUCCAACUCAGUCCCAUCCAACAGGUUAAAGAAAAUGGUUUUGCAAAUACCAAGUGAAGAAAAUCUUUUCACUUUAGCCUAGUUGUACUAAAGCCUUAACUUUUCACGAGCCUUUAAGCUGUAUCGUUAAGUUCAUCUUGAUCAUUUAUCAUCUUCUUAAAUGGCGCUUUAUUGCUCUUAAUUUAUUGUACAAGGACAUAUUUACCCCUCAUCUUCAGAUGUUUGCAAAGAAUAUCAUUAAAAUAAGAAAAAUAAAUAAAGCACUAAUUCAUUGAAUAUGUCACUGGUUUUUAUUGUACAAAAACCAUGGUCUUUUUUCAUUUGCUGAAUCUCCUAUUGUUCUUUUUUAGUGACUUUUGUCUGAGCAGAACUGAAUCUCUUGAUCCUAGCUAUUAAAACACUAUUUAAUGUAAAAUAUUUGACUUGACAUUCAGAUAUGUAAAUCUUCUAUGUCCUUUCCUCUGUUCUGUACAUUUAAUGUACAUAUUUCUGUCUUGCGUGAUUUGUAUAUUUCACUGGUUUAAAAAAAAAAAAAAGAAGAAAGGAUUAUGCCAUAAUGGAAGAUAGACUAUAAAAAUAAAACUUUGGUUGUAUAUUG